AUGGCUGUCGAACUCAAGAACAAGGGCAACAAGGCCUUCCAAGCGGGAGAUUAUCCUAGUGCUGUAGACUUUUACAGCCAGGCUAUUAAGUUGAACGACAAGGAGCCUACAUUCUUCACCAACCGAGCCCAAGCAUACAUCAAGACCGAGGCCUACGGUUACGCUAUUGCCGACGCUACAAAGGCUAUCGAGCUCAACCCCAAACUUGUAAAGGCGUACUACCGAAGAGGACUGGCCAAGACUGCGAUCCUCCGACCUAAGGAGGCCAUUGACGACUUCAAGACAUGUGUGUCCCUCGAUCCCAGCAACAAAGAUGCCAGACUCAAGCUGGAGGAGUGCAAAAAGAUCGUCCGUCAGCUAGCUUUCUUUGCGGCAAUCGAGGUCGGCGAUGAGCCUUCAGCGGCUGAGGGUCUUGAUCUAGACUCCAUGGUGGUCGAGCCAGGAUAUGAUGGUGUGCGAUUAGGCGACGAGAUGACACAAGAGUUCAUCGACGAUAUGAUUGAACGUUUCAAGACGGGCAAGAAGAUCCACCGAAAAUACGUCUAUCAAAUCAUCAUCGAGGUCAAGAAGCUCGUAUACGACGAGCCCACCAUGGUCGAGGUCGAGAUUCCCAAUGACGUGAAGCUCACUGUCUGUGGUGACACUCACGGUCAAUACUUUGAUCUUAUGGAGUUGUUCCGCCGCAACGGAACCCCUGACGAGAAGCACUGGUAUCUUUUCAACGGUGAUUUCGUGGACCGAGGUUCUUGGUCGACUGAGAUCGCUCUGCUCCUUUAUGCUUACAAGUGGUUACGACCCAACCAGUUCUUCUUGAACCGUGGCAACCACGAAACGGAUGACAUGAACCGUGUGUACGGUUUCGAGGGCGAGUGCAAAGCCAAGUACAACGAGCGGGUCUUCAAGCUGUUCUCUGAGAGCUUCUCUGCUCUUGCUUUGGCCACUCUCAUUGGCAAGAAGUACCUUGUCCUUCACGGAGGCCUUUUCUCUGAUGACAGCGUCACUCUUGACGAUAUUCGAAAACUCAACCGACACAACCAGCGACAACCAGGCCAAGCCGGUUUGAUGAUGGAGAUGCUCUGGACCGACCCCCAGGAGGAGAACGGCCGAGGUCCCAGCAAGCGUGGUGUCGGUAUGCAGUUUGGUCCCGACAUCACCAAGAAGUUCUGUGAGAAGAACGGCCUUGAGGCUGUUAUUCGGAGUCACGAGGUUCGCAUGGACGGUUAUGAAGUGCAGCACGAUGGCCGCUGUAUUACCGUCUUCUCUGCCCCUCGAUACUGUGACUCAACAGAAAACAGGGGUGCCUACAUCAACAUUGGCCCCGACUACAAACUUCAAUACGAGCAAUUUGAUGCUGUGCCUCAUCCCGACAUCAAGCCUAUGGCAUAUGCGCAAAGCUCUCUCAUGUCUUCUCUGAUGUAG